CAGGACCAAGUCGAACUGUUCAUCUGACGAUAAAACACCAAAAAGGAAAACUUGGUGUUUUAUGUUUUAAAUUCGAAGGCUUGCAUAUUUGAUACCAACCUGCAACAAUGAAGAACAUAAUACUGCCAUUGAUCUUGGCUUUGACAUUACCCGCCUGCAUGGAAGCAAUUCACGGGAUAUACGCUUUCGGACAGCCCGAGCUAUUUCAAAAGAAGAGCAAUUGCAAACCCAUACCUGCAAACCUGUUUCUAUGCCAUGACAUUGAGUACACCGAUAUGCGGCUCCCAAAUCUUCUGGGACACGAAACCAUGAAUGAGGUUCUGCAACAAGCAGGGUCUUGGAUUCCUCUGGUACAGAAGCAGUGCCACCCGGACACAAGGAAGUUUCUUUGCUCUCUGUUCGCUCCGGUGUGUUUGGAUGAUUUGGACGAACCAAUUCAGCCAUGCAGAUCAUUGUGCGAAAGUGUGAAACAGGGUUGCGCUCCGGUCAUGGCUGCGUUCGGGUUUCCAUGGCCGGACAUGCUCGAUUGCGACCGCUUCCCACUCGACAACGAUCUGUGCAUACCUCCAGCAAGUGCUGAUAAUUUGAUGCCGGUCACCAAAGAAGUGCCCAGAGUGUGUGAUGCCUGCAAAGAAAAAUCAGAGAACGACAACGAAAUUGUGGACAACCUUUGCAAGAAUGACUUUGCUUUGAAGAUCAAGGUCAAAGAGAUCUCCUACAUCAACGGCGACACCAAGAUUGUGCCCGAGACCAAAAGCAAAACCAUUUACAAGCUGAACGGCGUGACGGAGCGCGACCUGAAAAAGACGGUGCUGUGGCUGAAGGACGGCCUACAGUGUGUCUGCGACGAGAUGAGCGACAUCAACGCCGCUUACCUGGUCAUGGGCCAGAAGCUGGACGGCAACCUGGUCAUCACCUCUCUCAAGCGCUGGCAGCGCGGUCAGCGGGAGUUCAAGAGGAUCUCGCGCAGCAUUCGCAAGCUGCAGUGCUAGGGGUCAGCCACCCCCCCCCCCCCCCCUGCUACACCCCUGACCCCACUGACCUCUGGGCUGCUGUGAAACAACCCCUUCCAAUUUAGCACUCCAGCGGAACUCCCAGAGUAAGGCUCUGUAUAGGAAUCUUUCAGGGAAAGAACAAAAAUUCUUGCCGGUCAUUCUCAGUGAUCUCUUUGAUAGGCAUUCAGUGCUUUUAUACAUUUCAUACAUUUCUGUUAUAGAGGCUGCAACAUGUCCUCUCUAUGUGGUAACUCCCUCCCAGUGUGACCAUGUAUAGGUGUGCCACAUUUCCUAAAUGGUAAUUAGCAUUUGGCUCUGCAACUCACCUACAACCUUCACUGAACUGUUCUCAGACCUGUAAAGCUUAGGUGGGUAUUCACAAAGCACAGCUAAACCAACCAGUAGCACUCGACUUAUCGCCAGCUUUUCCAAGUUUGGUAUCCAACACAUCAAUUAUUCCAUGGAUAAGGCCCUCACAUUACUUGAUAGCAAAAUUGAUAUCAACAUAAAUGCAAGUGGUUUCAAAUUAUUUCGUGAAAUUCUUGUCCAUGGUUAAGAGUGGAAAACAAUAUAAAUGCUUUUUGGGGGCCAAGCAGGGAAGCUGCAUAGACACCCAUUGUGUUUCUACCUUUUCUUAUUAUUCACCUUUAUCUUCUUCUUUCUUCUUCUGCCACUGGCAUCUAUGGCAUCCCUUAGAACCAUAUUGUAAAAUGUUUUGAAAUUUGGCUCACUUACUGGGGACAGUCUCAUGAAUCUUUUCACCGUUUAAUUUGUGCGCCUCGAGUGUUCUAGCACCACCGACAGGUCGUUUAUGUACGUUACUUUUGAAUCUAAUGGGCAAUUUUUUUAAAUGUGGUGCCGUUGGAUUCCUUGGAUCAUGCUGAUUUCCACCAUAUUGGAUUUUGUGAAAAAGUUUUUAAAAAGUUUUUCACAGGUCACAAAUGUUGUCCAAUAUACACCAAAUUUACUACAGGCGAUCUCCAGACCAAGCCUCACAAAAGCUGUUAUAUGGAUUUUUAUUUUUCAAAACCGUUUGUCUGUUACAGCCAAUCAAAAUUAGUGGCGAAGCAGCCAAACCUGGAAGUGAGGUAAUAUCUCAGCAAACUGUUUAAUGUGUUGACACCAAACUUGGUAUGUGGCCUUAUGAAAGUGGUUGUUGUGUUUGGGGAUUUCUUGGGACAUCCCAAAGACAGGACAUGACAAACUACCAUGUCGGCCAAAAUUAUGUGGCUGCCACAUUGGGUUUAAUCUGAAAACUUAAAAAGUGGCCACAAACCUUGUUAAAUUUGGCAAAGAUGAUCUUCAGACAAAACCCACGGAAGUUAUCUGACGGAUUUUUUUUUUCAAAACCAUUCGUACAGCCUAUUGGAUUGGGCGGUGAAGACGCCAAACAGGAAGUGAUCUUUCAGCAAUCUUUGGUCAAUUGACAUGAAACUUGUUGUGAGUGCUCACAGCCAUGCCCUUAACAUAAUGACAUCAAGUUUCCAUGGCAACUCUGGCCUGCUGUUCUGCUUGGCUUCCUCAUCGCUGCUUGCAGGUAUAUUUUACAAAUCUUUUUUGUGAGAGAUAGCUGGCUAUAUUCUCAGUUUUCUAAAAUACCUGUAGCUCUCCCCUAGCUCGCCCCUUGUGAUUUUAGGACUUGAUCCAAGUGCUGUGUGAUGUUUCAGUUCCUACCCUAAGUAGGUCUAGAAUCCUGUGUGAUUUGAGUGGAAAUGCAUGAAUCAUUCGCUUUUUUUUGUAUGUCCUGUUUUGCUUUGUUUUCUUGUGAUUGUUUUGCCUUCUGUAUACUUGAGCCUCAGUACUGCACUGCUACAGUAUUUGUGUCUUUAAUCUGUGUUCUGAUGUUUGUCUCUUAUCUUGACUAUUAAGGGUCCCUAUACUGCUGACGCAAUUUGGUUCUGGAAUGUUGGAAGUGCGUAGUUAUGGCUAUUUUACAGGGCCGUUAUUUCCCAUCCAUUGGACACCCCAUAGUUCACGUCCAAGUUCCUUAUUCAUCCGGCCACAGACACAUGCCUGUGUUCUGUGUCAUGCGUACAGUGGUGUAGGUCAUGUUUAGUAACUGUCUGUGCAUUUGGCUCAUUGUAAUGUUGGUCACUGCCAAAAUGCUGCAUAUUUGUGGUAUGCUAUUUUCUAACAAUAUGUACUACUCUGUAAAUACCUAGAUAAAGCAGUUUAUUCUUGUACAUAGUUUUCAGAGACAGCAAAUCGAAAGUCCAAAAAUAUUUGCGGGCCACCCUGAAGCUCAGAACUUAUUGUUCAAGCUGGUGAGUCAUUGCUUUGUAUGUGUUAUGUUACUUUUUAUUAUGGUGCAUUAAAAUAAUGUUAAAGCAA